AUGGCCUGUUCAUCAAGCCAAUCUUCGCCACCGCAAAGAGAAAAUGUUUUUGCUUCCCCAUGGAGUAAUAGCGACGUGAUUUUAGUUGUUGAAAACAAGGAAAUACAUGCCCACAGAUCAAUUCUAUGUUUGCAGAGUCCUGUGUUCAAAGCAAUGCUGUGUGGUCAGUUUACUGAGGCGAAGGCAGAAUUUAUACCACUGCCAGAGAAGAAGCACAACGCAAUGCUGCAGUUUAUCCAGUUGCUUUAUCCACCAAAUAUGAUAAAAGCAGCCAAGGUGGUAGUAAGUGAUGAAAACAUUUUGGAUAUUCUUAAAUUGGCUGAUGAAUAUCAAGCUGUUAAUGUUGUUACUCAAUGUUUAAAUGAAAUUCAAAUUACAAAAUCAAAUGCUGUGCCAUUACUAGUUUAUGCUAACCAAUAUGACCAGUCAUUGUUGCCGAAAUUUUUGGAUGUCACUUCAAGAUAUAUAUCUGCUGCAAAGCUACAGGAAUAUGCGGCUGUUGAUUUAGGUGAUGAAAAGCUCACUCAAAGGUUAUUGUUGUCGAAAUGCAACCAUCUUGAGUCUCUUUUGGUUAAAGGUAACAGAUUUGGACAGAAAUUGCUCAGGAGGGCUCACCCACUAAGAACAGUAGAAAGUGGCAAAUGUGGUCAUGUAGUUAGUGCGACCAAUUUCCACAAAGCAAGAUUUUGUUCUAGCUGUUUGGAAAUUUAUAGAACUGAGUUCUUGACCUAUGCUGUUACGAGCAGGGGAGUGUUAUCGACACAAGCUCAAGCAGAACUUGAGGGAAAAUAUUUUAAUUACUUGGAACAAGUUGAUGACAUAGUCAUGUCAUUAUGUCCUGCUGCAAGCACUGUGAAUGAAGCUGGGACAGGUACUCCCUAG